AUGUCAAGAGCAAAUAGUCCCGCAGCUCCACAAGGAAAUAAUGAAAACCAACAAGUGGCAGGUAAUAUUGAAGGGCCCAUGAGGAGACCGCGAGAUGAAAAUGUACCGCCUCCUGCUGCUGCUGCUGCUGCUGCUGCUCAGCCUCCACAAAUACGGCAGAGAACUGAAGAGAGGCCCAACUGGACGAUGGAUAGUAAGGUGAGGAAUGUGCUGCUGGAAGAUGCGCUGCUGCAACGGUAUGAGGUUCUGCGUAAUAUGAAAUUGCAUGACCUUUUGAAUCAAUACUUCUCAAACACGUAUAACACAGAGAAUGUGGCCAUGUUUUUGUUUGUUAAGAAUCCCAGAAGAUAUAUUGUUGAUGCUGAGAUUCUUGAGGAUAUACAAGGCACUGAUGAGUUUAAAACAGUGAAGACAGCUAUUGAUCUGUCUGAGAAGGUAGAGUACCUUGAUGAAAAGGAAAUUUACUACCUCAGUCAGUGGGAGGAGAAGGGGACAGUGGAAAUAAGAGAAUUUGUUGGUCCCAUGGCGAGGGGAAGGUUGGAUGGAGCGUUGGCGGCCGCCAAGAGAGCGGAAAAGCGAGCUGUCCUAGCAGCUGGUGGUGCUGUCGAACUGAAAGGAUUAUAUGAUUCCAUUUAUAAUGCGAAAUGGAGUUAUGUAAUGUCGGGUUAUCGUAGAGAGCCACUUGGAAUGAAAGUGUUCGAUGGAAGACCACAGAGCAUUUGGACCGAAGCGGAGGUGGAUAUAACUCCUGAUCCUACCAAUGUUGAUGCAGAGAUUGAGGAGAGACCCGAUGGUUUGGAGAUUUUCGUUCUCACUUCGGAGGAAGGUUGGCCAUACAACAGGUUUAAAACAAGUGACACUGAGAGGUGCGAGGAAAUUUAUAAACAUGUGUAUAUCCGUCGUGAAAUUAUGCGCGUGUGGUAUAUAAUUCAACGAGGGCUGCAAACAUGGUGGGUGGAAAGGACAGCUCGGAUAACACCGAGACAUAUUGUUAUUGGUACACCUGGUAUUGGUAAAUCAUACGGUGUUGGAUCAUUUUUGCUUUAUUCACUGCUUCACUUCCAUGAUGGAAUGUUUAAUGUCAUUGCGUAUUUCGUGGGUAAAAUCGCUUACCUAAUAUAUAACAAGAAACCCGGAGAAGAGGGAAGGGUUGAGAGGUAUAAAGUCCCGGAAGAUGCCGUUGACGCCAUAGCUGCGUUAGUAUUCGAGAAAAAAAGAGGUCACAUCAUUGUUGACAUCGGUAACGAACUACUUAUACCGCCUGGUGAGCUGCGCCAUUUGGAUUGGGGUAUAACUGUCCUCACUUCCCCCGAUACGGCACAUUAUGAGGAGUGGGAAAAGGACACGGGAAGCCGCCAUAUUAUUAUAAACUGCGAUGAUGUGCGUGACAUGAAGGCGUUUGUGGCAUGGAAGAAUUUAUCAGUAGCAUUAGGUGAAAAGGUAUCCAACACGGCGAAACAAGAGUUAAGAGGAAGACUAAAGGACGAAUGGGAAACUGUAAAGCAGCGUAUUGCAGUGGCCGGCCCGGUGCCUCGUGCCGUUUACGACGCUGUGGGGCACGGCGUGCGAAUGGAGGCUAUGGCAAAAAAAAUAAGAGGCCUCGAUGCUAAUGAUAAAAGUGGUUACGAGGAUCUUUUUAGGUCAUCAGUGAACUGGCAAACUGAAAAGGUGUCGCACAAGUUGGUACAGAUAGUCCGUGCACGUGGAAAUGGAGUUUCCGGAGAUUCAUAUCGCUGCAAAGAGCUGUCCGGACACAUAAGGAUCUUGCUACUUUGGGCGCUGCUUGGCAUUACUGCGCGAAAAACAGCAGAGUCCCAGCUCAUGAUGGGAAACAGAAGUGCCGCUUCCAUUUCAUUUGAAAGCCAUGCGUUGUUUGCGAUAGUCAAUCCUCAAGUUCUCGAGGUGAUGGCAAAGAACUUGAGACACCUCCGUCCACCUGAGAAGCUGAGGGGAAAGCAAAGUAUACUGAGUAGCAUGACUCCUCAGCAGUUGUGCCUCACUGGAUCGGAGUUCUUACCAACGGCCGGCCAGCAACCAAUUGAGAAGUGUGAAUACAUGGUGCUCUACACUCCCUCUACUGCCAACGAGCCCGUGGUGGAUGGCUUUUUUUUCGUUGAGGGGCGCUUCACGAUGUCGCCUGGAAGGCAAGCGAAAAAAGCGCCAAAACCGAAGACAAUUGUCCUUUUACAAAUAACCAAGUUAGACAGGCACCCCACCACCACGGCGAAGGUGAAGAAAUUCCGAGAAAACAUAGCAAGUUAUUUUUCCGACUGGAACACGUUUUCGGGUAACAUGGCUUGGGAAAUGAUAUACAUAAACUCAGUGGAUGGCGCCGUAAUUACCAAUUGGCAAAAAUGUGAGGCGAACGACGACGAAGUUAUCCCUGCCAGGCAGGCGGAACAACUGCAAACAUUUUGGGAAACGAUUGAACAAUUCCAGGUAACGUUGAGGGACGAAAUGAAUGCACAGCUGAUGAUUGCCUUUCAGAAGGCAGAAAAGGCACAGGGGAGGUGA